AUGUCAUCAGAUACUCAAGAUAAUAAGAUAUUAAUCGCAGCUUCUUUGACUACUGCUUCAGCCCUAGCCCAAGCUCUCUAUAUCUACUUCAAGAACAGAAAUCCAGACGUCGAGACAGAAGAGUCCGAGUCAAGUACAUCAAUGGUUGAUCCAGCUUAUGGGGAAUCAAGAUUCAUCACUAGAAUUGAUGCAGUCUAAAGAGCCUCAGUAAUUAGUAACUUAUCCUAUAAAAUUGCGGUAUCACUACUAAAGGGUGGUGAGAACUUCCACGGUCAAGUUACCAUCAACUUCAACCUUUCCUACUAGGGCUACCAUUUGAGUUUAGACUAUACAGGCAAGGAGAUCAAGCAUCUUAUUAUCAAUGGGCAUGUUGUGUCAGACAAGACUGCAUUUAAAGAUCAUAAGAUAUAUCUUCAAAGAAACUUGCUUCAUCUUGGUUAGAACGAGGUAAAAAUCAGAUUCGUAUCUGCCUAUGUCAAAGAUUGCCAGGGACUCCACUAUUUCAAGGAUCCCUAGGAUGAUAGAGAGUAUCUUUACUCUUAAUGUGAGGCUGCCGAUGCUCAUAAAAUAUUCCCUUGCUUUGAUUAACCAGAUUUAAAGGCCCCUUACGAAUUGCUGGUGUUCGCCCCUGCUGACUGGAAGGUGAUGUCAACUAAAGCAAGCUCAAAAAUCUCAACCAAGGAAGAGCUCGGCUUUUAAUAAUCAAUCUUAAAAUUUUCAGUAAACCAUGAGCUAUAUGACUUAUUUGGAGAUGAACCAUUUAAAGCUCACGAGUUCCCUCAAUCUUAAAAAUUGAGCACCUAUUUGUACUCACUUAUGGCAGGUCCAUAUGAGGCUAUUGUAGAUGAAGACCAGACAGAAAUUCCUUAGAGAGUUCUUUGUAGAUAGUCUCUUACUGAAUACGUAAAGAAAAUAGCUUAAACCUGGUUUAAGGUGUCUAUUAAAUGCAUCAAGUUCUAUGAAAAAUUCUUCUCAACACCAUGGCCAUUUGAUAAGUUCGACCAUCUUUUCGUGCCAGAUUACAACAUGGGAGCAAUGGAAAACGUUGGAAUGGUUAUAUACACUGAAAGCUAUAUUCAGAGAGACGAGGUCUUCACAAGAGACAAGCAACAAGGAGUUCUCGUCACAUUACUUCAUGAAAUCUCCCACAUGUGGUUCGGUAACCUUGUUACUAUGAAAUGGUGGGAUGAUCUAUGGCUCAACGAGAGUUUCGCAAAUUUCAUUUCGUAUGUCUGUUUAGACCAAGCAGAUGGACUAGAGGAGUACGAUUUAGCUUGGAGCAUUUUCCUAUCAGAAAACUUCUGGGGAAUGGAGGAAGAUCAGUAGUCUACUACUCACCCAAUAGCAGGAAGUUGCGCUAACACAGAGGAAGCCCAAAAUCUAUUCGAUGGCAUUUCAUAUGGAAAAGGUGCAUGCUUUUUGAGACAGCUUUUCUUCUACUUUGGAGAUUAAGUUAUGAGAGAUGGUCUUCAAACUUACUUCCACAAAUUCGCCUACAAAAACACUGUUUUGAAUGACUUCUUGACAGAACUUGGAGCUGCAGCUAAGAGAUUAGGAAUCAAGGAGGAUUUGGUUGACUGGAGUUAUUCAUGGCUCAAAUCAUCUGGAAUCAACAUCAUCUCCUAUGAAUACGAUCUUAAUGAUUAAAAUGAAAUUCUAGAGUUCAGAGUGAUUUAAGAUCUCCAUCACAACGGUCAAAACAGACUUAGAAAGCAAAAAUUUGUAAUUGCUCUUCUCGAUGAUAACAUGCAAGUUAUUGAAGAAGUUGAGGCUCACACUAGUGAUAAAUCCAGAGUUACAGUCAUUCAUGGUUUGGCUGGCAAGAAGCUUCCAUAAGCUUUCUUCUCAAAUUACAGAUGCUAUGGCUACGGUAAAUUCAAGAUUGACAAUAGAUCUCUGAAAGCCUUUGAUGAGAAACUUGGUUUGAUUAAGGAUAGCAUGUAAAGAAAACUUUUGAUUAACACUCUCAAUGAGAUGUUGAAAGAUCAAGAGCUCUCAGGAUCUCAAUUUCUCGGAAUACUAAAGAAGCAUCUUAAGACUGAAACCAGUGACUCAGUUCUUUCUUCAAGUCUUCAGUCCUAUAUUCCAUUGUAUCAUGAAGUUUUUGUUCUCAUCGUGAAAGAUCUCUUAGGCUCAGGAAGAUUUGAAAACAAGACAACUCUUCACUUGCUUGUUGAAUGUGCCAUUAAUGCUGCGAGAAACGAUGAAGACGUUUUGGUUAUCAAGAAGUGGUUUGAUAGACGCAGAUUCACGCUACUUGAUGGAGCUGUCAUUGAGCACAUAGAAGUUUCAACAAAGCAUUUGCAUUCUAUUACCAAGAGAAUUUUCAGUAGUUUCUCAAUUCCUCAAGAAGAGAAAGAUAAUUAUUUGGAUAAACUAGCUGAAAUUGAUAGCUCUGACUGGACCUAACAGACUAAGUACUACUGUAGUUCUGCUAUACCAACAGUCGCGAAUAAGCAAAAACUAUGGAGCUAAUAUUUCGAUUAGGAUAUUGAAUGGCAAUACAGCAACUACUAAUACUCCUUCAUUGGCUUUAACUAGGUUAUUCACAGACACCUGAACGAGGACUUUGUUCAGGCUUUCUUCUAAAGAAUUCCUGAGAUAUUUAAGAAGAAGGGUAGAUUCAUUGCUGAAUCUUACUUCCACUACCUACAACCAGACUACCUAGUUGAUGAUGAAAACAUUCAAAGAUAUAGGGAUCUGCUCAAGUAAGUGUCAGAUGGAAGCUCCGACAACUCUCAUUUCAUCAACUUGAUUAAAAAUAUGAUUGAUGAUUUGGUACUUCAGCAAAAAGGUAAAGCCCUCAGUGCUGAUUAUCUUGAGAGCAUUAAGCAUUUGUGA